UAUCACGCACACRGAACAAUCUUAACUCUAGUCAGAACUGCUGUAUUUUCAAACUCUGGCCGCUACUACGUCACCAUCACUAACACGAAAUAGUAACAGUGUCGGUACCAUAUUUAAUAAACCGUAGUUUGUUGAACAAGCCUGUUUGCUUCAAAGCCGAAAAAUAUCAACAGAAAUGAUUGCUACGCAUUCUUGCUCGAUACGUCUAGGCCGCGUGGCCGCCAGAAAGCUAACGACGAAUAACAUACAACGAGUCCCAUGCGCAUUGUUGGGAUCGUUUGCGCCGGGAUCGGCGUCAUUGCCAUCGUCGCCAUCUCGCCUCUGCGAAAGGAGGCUGCACACAUACCAGCCCAUGGAUGAUCUGUUCCAGUCUUCGAAAGACCAAGGGCACGUCGUUAUCGGACAAGACUUUGUCGGCAAGAMAGCAAGCAUCAGACGGGUCUUCGGACCUGGAGCAAACGCCCAGGCAUUGCUAACCUGUGGCGGAGAAGAAUUGGCACAAAAUGCUUCCUUUGAUCCGAAUUACGAGAUGUCCAAGGACUGGAUUAGAUCGCGGGCAGUAGGACCAGCAGUCUUGUCGUCGACCCUUAUUUCCGGACUUGUUGGGGCCUUGAUCGAAGCGAGCUUUCCCCAAACUGUGCCACAGAAUGCUUCGCUCAGUUUUCUCCGGCCGUUGAUUGUUGGCAUGGAAGUUGCGGCCUCAAUCCAGGUGGAAUCGAUCAGCGAAUCGAAACGGGACGACAAAACAACCAGUGGGGCAGCGAACGGAUCCGCCGAGAAAGGCUACGAAAUUCUACUGUCAACCCGGGUGAUUCGUGUACAGGACGACGCCGUUAUUGCCGAAGGUUACAGCACGGUCUGGAUUCCUGGUUGUUUGUAGCGCAAUAGAGCAGCAUGAUGAUGUGCCUUGUACAUUCUUUAACAGCCUGUAAUUUUUAAAAUUUUAUUUUGUCAAACRCAAACGAAUGAGCGCCAGCAAACUAUAACUCUCUUUGUUAUUUGCUGCGUCGUUGAUGAUGGUACCAAUGCUUUGCGUCGCGCCUCGUAUUGUGUGACUGUUGAAACUCGCUAUGAAAAGUCUACGGCAUCUUCAAACAACCAAAGUUCACUGAACUGCGUGGAAUUUCUUCUCUAUAAUUAUUUGUAUAUUAUGGUGUUUAUUUUCGUUGUUGUCAAGCACCGGCAAGGAUGGCAAGUUGAUACAGUCGGAAUCAUAACUUGAGUUUGCUGUUUCCAAUAAUGRCAGGCACAAAGACAUGCUCUAUGCAAGGACAACCAAUCGAUCUAGUUUGCCUCUUCCAACUCCGGUAAAUCGUCCAGAUCAUCGUCGUCACCCUCGUCGUCGUCGUCUCCGUCCAUUCCAGGCAUGCCUCCCAAGCCCGCCAUAUCACCCAAYCCUGGCAUGCCUCCCGCACCGCCACCCAUCGCACCCAUUUGCUUCAUCAAUGCCUCCAUGUCCAUGCCUCCGGCUCCGCCCAUGCCGGGCAUUCCGCCCAUGCCAGGCAUUCCACCCAUGCCGGGCAUUCCACCCAUGCCCAUACCUCCUUCCAUGUUGCUCAUAUCAAAUCCCUCUUCUUCUUCGUCUUCGUCAACGUAUCGAUCCCAAUCAAUCUUGACCUGGUUUUUCUCUAGCGCCUUGUCCUUCAGUAGGCGGGGCCAGAAUUCCUCCUCUUCCUUGUCUUUUUUCAAAAUGUGCAUCUGAACCGAUCGCGGCAGAACCUUGUACGUAGACCCUUCUGAGUCCACUUCCUUCAUAAAUUCGAUGUCGAUUUGGUAGGGUUUGUCUCCGCUGGUGCCCUCGAAUGUCAGUUUAUCGUCUGUCAAGACAAUCUUUUCGUCCUUGACAUCUGAAGGUGGUGCAGUGCGUUGCACAGAAGUUAGAAGUGGAUUGUGAGAACGACGAUGAUGAAAGAAAAUGAGUGAGUAAACAGUCAUGCGAGCG